AUGUCCGAUGAUUUGAGCUCCUCCACAUCUCGCAGACUUCCAAUCUGGGUACUGGGUCCGAGAGAAGAGAAAGAGGCUCGUCAAAACCUCAAGAAAUUCGCCUACGAUCAAUGCUCGGAGUAUGUGAAGGCUAUGGUGGAGUGUUCGAAAUUACAUGGUUUAAAGAUUUUUCCGGCAUGUCAACCUCAGAGAGAUAGAAUGGCGGGAUGUAUAUUGUCAUAUCAAGGCGACUCGUUUUUGGACCAGGAACGAGACAAGAUAGUACAACGCAAAAUUGGCAAACUUGAGCAGCAAUUGCGAGAGCAACAAGAGACACACGCCAAAAAAUGA